AUGCGUUUAGUGUGGUUUUACCUGGUCAUUUUUUGCCUUAUAGAUUUCACCACGCAGUCAGAUGGCAACGGUUUGAUUUCAACAAGUCCUACCUCAAGCCAAGAGGAAGUGAACAGGCAGAAACUGGAACUAGAUGCGAUAUACAAAGAAGCUUUGUCCAAAAUCAACGACAAUCCCAGUAGUCAGAGUAUCUCCCAUAUCGUCCAGCAGAUUAUCGAAUUGAAUGCAACAGGGCUUUCCCAGUCAUAUCCUUCGCAAUGUCCCACUCAGUCCACAUCCCACGGCAUUUACACAGUUCAAGUGUCGGGACUGGAUCCUUUUCAGGUGUCGUGCGAUGCCAAAAUUGCCGGUCCUGGCUGGGCUGUGAUUGCCCGUCGCACCAGCAAUAAAUUGAAUUUCUUUCUCAAUUGGGAGGAAUACAAGAAUGGAUUUGGCGAUCUCACAAAAGACUUCUUCAUUGGAUUAGAUAAACUGCACGCCAUAACCAAGUCGCAGCCCCACGACCUGUACAUACACCUGGAGGACUUUGAGGGACAGACGCGCUAUGCGCAUUACGAUGACUUUUUCAUUGAAAGCGAAAACCAAUUUUAUGCAAUGACAAAGUUGGGCAGAUUUACUGGAGAUGCCGGCGACUCCCUGGUCCAGAACAAGAACCAAAACUUCUCCACCUACGAUAGAGACAACGAUGCGUGGGAUAAGAACUGUGCCGCAGAGUACAUGGGUCCUUGGUGGUACAUCAAUUGCACCAAUAGUAAUCUUUUCGGCCUGUAUCUCCACGGAGACGAAGGUGAAAUUUUAAAGUGGAAAGGGAUGGUUUGGCACUCUUGGCGAGAGGAGGACUAUUCGUAUAAAGUGAUGCAAAUGAUGGUUCGACCCAAAUGCCUCUGUUCAAUGAAGAAGUAGAUUGAAUGGUUUGUAUUCGAAAAUUGAAUACAAGGUUCGACGGCAACGAAAGCGCACCAAGUGGACAGCAGCAGCGAAACAUCGAUUUUUCAUGCCAACCUACUAUAAACUUCCCUUCACAAUUUUAAAUUAUUAAACGCACUCUAUGUUGUAUA